AUGAGCUCACCUGUUUCAAGUAAUAAUUUCAAUUCGAAAAAUGAUACUUUUGGUGAUGAUAACGCAUUUCAAAAAAGUAUUGCAAAUUUAUAUCACAUCCGAAGAAAGCUUGCAACACUAAUGGGUGAAAAACAAAAGUGGUUGAAUUGUCAACGAAAGGCAAGCUUGUUGGUGCAACCUUGUAAAACGGAUGAACUCGGGGUGAUGUCAAAAUUUGCAUCAUUGCUAAGUGCCGUAUCAACAGCGCAAUUACCUAAUGAGCAAUAUCAGGCCCAAUUAGCGCUUAUCGAACAGAUCAUCCAAGAAUCCAUUAUAAUCGAAUGGCCAAAAACACAUUAUGAAAAAUGUCCCGAUGGUGAUAAUAGCCUAAUUGGCGUGGAAUUAGAUUUUGCUCCACUGAUACAUCGCGCUCGAAAUGUUGUCAAAUGUCGUACAUCACAUCCAACGAUGAGAGUACGAGUUUGUGCAAUAGCUGAGCCUAAUUUGGAUAAGUCGAAUCCACGUGUUGUAGAAGCAUUUUUUCGUGCCACACUCGUCAAAUUAUCUAGUGAUUCAAGCGAAAGGCAAACAGCUGGUCGUUUAAUUUUAACUCAACGUGAAGGUAUAUCAGGGACCAAAUAUCACGAUCAACAUGGUGUAGUAGUGAAUAUGAAUGGAAAAUUGUUAAUAAGCCAAGCAUCACCUGAAUUCACUGCCAGUAUUUUAUCAAAGCAAUAUGGUGAAAAUGUGAAAAAAACUGAUUUCAAGUAUGAACACGGAACACUAUGCGCGAUAUUUCCGGAGCUGGGUGUUACGUUAAAUUCGAUGAUUGAUCGACGUCAAUUAUCGACACGUUAUGCAAUUCAAAUGGAUGUUGCGUUAAACAUUGGAAAUAAAUUAAUCGUAAAACACGUUGUUCUAUCACAUGAAUUCCUCAUUGCGAUAACUAAUGAUCAAACCGAAUCGUUGUUAAAUUUUAUCUAUUGGCCACGAUUGCUAGAUCAAGAGCAAUUUCAUGAUCAUCCAAGUGAUAACGAAGAUAUCACACAGAAUAGUAAUAAGCAAAAAGUACCAUGGGGUAUUUUGAAGAAAGCAUUGAAAUAUUUCGUAAAAGCGCAAUUGAGCUCAGCACGUGCACUUGAUAUCGAUGAAUUACUACAUGUUCAAUGCAUGUUAUUUUAUCCAAGGAUCCGGAAAGCUAAUGAACAGGAAUAUGAACAAUUGGAGAAAUAUUUUUUUGGUAAUAUUAAGAAUAGCAGUAAUAAAGGAAAUAAUCGUAUAAUUGAACUUAAGCAACGAUUAUUAACCGAAAUGGUAAUGGAUAAUGUAUUAGUUACUAAAAAUGAACUUAUGAUGAAUAAAUGUAUAAGUCUUGCGGAUGGUAAUACCGUAUUACAGCAUAAUCUUUGGCAAUGGUUAUAUCGUGCAACGGAAAUAAUAAUUGAUGUUGGUCACAAAUUUUGUCCAGCAAUAUUUAAUAUUGAUAAAAAAUCUGCUAAAACAAAGAAGCCAACAGUUUCUGUGAAUGAAUAUCAAUCAAUGUUAAAUUUAUAUAAUAACAGAAUUCUAACUUUUACAAGCGCACAAAAUGUUGCAAAAGUUUUCAAAGCAACUGAGGAAAAUGACAGAAAAUGUGGUACUUUAACAAAAGCCAUAUAUUUGAGAUUUUGCGACGAAAAUGCUGGCUAUAUUUCAUUUGCUUUUACAAAUUUCAACAAGUAA